AUGCAGUUCCGACUUCUCUACACACUAUUCAAAGAUUCCAUCUCGUCGACACAUCUAUGCCGAAAAUGCGACGACUUCAAGCUUUAUGCUAUGCGAAUUUCGAACAAGGAGCGCCUUCGAAUUCGCACUCCUCAUGAUUACAUCCAAUAUCAAAUGGAAAUUUGCCAGGAAAUUCGUGAAUUGCGGUCUUCUUUUCUCUCGCCGUUCAUCUGGACUUACGAGGAUGGCUUUGAAAUUCAUUCUAUCGCGGAGUUUUAUCCUAAUGGCAGUCUUCAAGAUCUGCUCGACCGCGACACGAGCCUUAGCGAAAAUCAUACCCUACAACUAGCUUGCGAAAUGGUAGAAGCGCUCUCCACGCUUCACACUGCUGGCAUAAUCCACUGCGACCUCGCACCAUGUAAUAUCAUGUUCGAUGUGUCGGGACAUGUCGUCAUUACGGGAUUUGGCCAAGCCUGCAGACCUGAUGCAGCAGCCUCUUUUCCAUUGCCUGAUACUGGUCCGUAUUGUGCUCCUGAACUCAUCCUAGGGUGGGCACAUGACUUUAGUGUCGACUGUUGGAGUUUUGGCGUGCUGAUGUACAUGAUGCUUUUUGGAUCUCACCCAUAUGUCGCCGAAAACGACAACGACAACGCUGCCGUUAUGCAAACCAAGGUCAUUCACUGCUCGUUGGUGGUUCCUCGGACAAGGGCAGUAUCAUGGGCGACACAAGAUCUUCUAGUGAAAUGCUUGGAGCGCAAUGCAGCUCUUCGCUUGGACAUCGAACAGAUUAGGGCGCAUACAUACUUCUGCACUGUGUGA